AUGAAAAGAAAAUUCGAAAUCAACUCAAUAAUUAAUGGUAAUAAUAAUAUGAAAAUUGAAGAACAAAUGGAACCAACAACAGUUGACGACAAAAGUGUAACGGACAAUACUGUUGUCGGUGAUGAAGGUUCGAGUCCUGAAAAUGAAGAACAAGGAUUUGCUGUUAAUGAAGAAUUCAAUGGUGGACAAGACCCAAACGAAGAACAAAAAGAAGAUCAUGUAAAGACAUUUUUAAAACAAUGGCAUGUUGAGGCUCCGGAUCUGUGUUGUGUGUGUCUAGAGGGUGCAACUGAUGUGAAAAAUAAAUUAGUCUAUUGCUGUGGAUGGAAAUGCGAGGUUAUUUGUCACCAAGAAUGUUAUGGCAUAAUAAAGUUACCUGUUGGAGAUCAUUGGUAUUGUGACAAAUGUCUUGCAAAACCAGCUGAAGUGGUGGAAGAGAAUGGGCUCAAAACAAAUCCGUGGGUUCACUUAGUUUGUGCUUUAUGGACACCGGGAAUGUCAAUAUCCAAUCCACAAGGAUUGGAUGAAUGUUCAAUCAGCAAUACUGAAAAAAUAAAUUGGAAAAAAGAAUGCUGUAUAUGUCCUAAAGAACUUGCCAGUCAAGGUGUGCCUCUUCAUUGUGAUGCAUAUCAGUGUAGAAAUUGGAUUCAUGUAACAUGUGCUCAAGCAUAUAAUCUUUUGAAAUAUGUAAAAGACUCUGAAAUUGAUGAUCCUUUUUUUGUUCUUUGUAAUGAUCAUAGUUUACAACCUGGGUCACUUUGUUUGAAUGAAUGGGAAAGAUGGAUUUUGAAACGUGAUGAAUUUUUAGAUAGAGUUAGGUCCAGGGAACUACAAAAAGAAACUUGUCAACUUGCAGGUGGAAAUGAUGAUUGGUUAAUUGAUUAUGGGAAAAUACUACAAGAAAUGUUUGAAGAUGUUUAUGUUGAGCAUCAAAAAUGUAGAGAGAAACAAAUCAUUCAACUUAGAAUGUCUAUUGCACAGCUUAAUUCAAGCUAUAAACAAAAUAAGGACAAUAUGGAUAAAGCAAAAGAAGAAAUUGAAUUACUGUAUCAAAACGUAUUAAUUGCAAAAACAGAAACUGUGGAAAUAGUAAGAUAUUUAAAAUUGUUAAAAUUUAGAGUAAAAACAUUUGUUGAAAAGAUGAUCAAAAAAGACAUUGAAAGCAUUAAUAUCAUUGGUGAUAAUUCUCAUAAUAAUAAUAGCAGAACCAAUACCAUUCAUGAUAAUAUUUUUGAAAUGAACCAAUAUGCUUUCAUUGAAUAUCCAACUUACAAAGAAGCAAAACAUAAAAUAAGCAAUGGACUAUUGAUAAAGACAAUAAUUAAGAUUCAAAAAUUAUUAGUUAAAUUACCAAAAUCUAUAUCAGAUUGGAAUAAUGAUGGUGUGAAAAAAGCAAAAUCAAUUAAUGUUAAAGGGUUACAUAAUUUUGAAGAAAUUAUAUUGUUACAACUAAAUAAAGCACAAAAAAUUUUUGAUCAAAGAAAAAAAGAAGUUUCAAGAAAGUCUGCUUCAACAUUUCCAAUUGAUGAUAAUUGUGAAUCUGGUCUAACUUAUGGUAGUAAUAAUGAGACUUCUAAUAAGGAUUUUGGUACUGCUAUUAAUAUAGACAAUGAUAACAUAAAAAAUAUCCAACAACAAGCUCAAUCAUCAUCUUCUACUGUAACAAAUUCAAACCCAUUACAAUUAAUAGAAAAUCUUACUAAUCAAUUAAAAAAAGAAUAUUAUACUGGUAAAGUGCCAUGUCCUGCAGCUAGAAUGGGAAUCGUAUCUUCUGCUACUUCUUCAAGAUUUGGAAAAACAUUGUUAUCAUCCACUUUAAUGUUAAGAAAAAAGAAUGAUAGGGAGAAUAAGGAUAAGAAUUCAAAUGAGGAUGACAAUGAGGAGGAUGAAGAUGAUAAUAUUAAAGUUUAUGAAAAUGAAUGCAAUGAUGAAGAUGACAAAGAUUAUAAAUCUUUUGAUAGUGAUAAUAGUUUAUGA